AUGGCCGACUUAAAACGUCCCCACGACGAGCUUCCGAACUUUGACGAUCCUCAGGACUUGGUCAAUGCGGUAAUAUCAACUUUGCAACAGCCCGAGGAAAAAACUUACGUGGCCAUGUACUAUGCCAACGAUAAGAACCUUGCCACAGAGGUCCAGGCAUACGCCAAGAUCGCAGGUUGCGACUGGACUUUCUACGUCAAGCUGUUGGCUAUUCUGAUCGGAAGAAACACCGAAAACGCUCCGCCAGCACCUGGCCUGAACACUCCGCAAGUCGAUAUCGACUUGGGUCCAGCCAAGGUAGUAUCGCGCCAACAUGCCGCCAUCACCUACAACAUUGAUUUGCGAUGUUGGGAGUUUAAAGUGUUGGGACGUAACGGAGCCCGAGUAGACGGCGCCAAAAUCGCCGUGGGCGCCGACAACGCGACUCCAUUGCACUCCGGCGCCAUUUUGGACAUUGGAGGUACUCAGAUGAUGUUUAUCUUGCCUGAUGCGCCGCCCAGCAUUCUGCAAAAAGUGUUACUGGUGUGCCUAGCUCGUUACAAAGACGCCAAGAAGGUGCCCAAAUCCAACGCUGUAAUGGGUCCUGCGGGCUCAAUGGGCGCUAACCACACCCCUUCCAUGAGCAUGGGCUUGUUUCUGGGCAUGACAAAUUUCCAGAUGUUCGACAAGUCCCACUUGAGCAACUCUCCUUCCCAGGUAUCCGCUGUGUCUUUACAGAACAAUUUGGAUCAAGACUUGUCACGAGAAGAAGCGAAGGAUAUAAAGCCCCCAUACUCGUAUGCUACCAUGAUCACGCAAGCCAUUUUGCUGAAUCCAGACGGUGUUAUGUCGUUGGCUGAGAUCUAUGCCUGGAUCCUGUCUCAUUACGCCUACUACAAGUACCUGAAGACAGGAUGGCAGAACUCCAUUCGUCACAACUUGUCAUUGAAUAAGGCAUUCGAGAAGGUUCCAAGACGGCCCAACGAACCCGGGAAAGGUAUGAAGUGGCAAAUCAGUGACUCCUACAAACAAGAUUUCAUGAAGAAGAUCCAGAACGGAACAUUGCUGAAAUCAAGACGUGGCUCCUCCGUAUCUCGAACGUUACAGAUUCAUUUGGCUACACACUCCCAGCUUCCUGAUUCUCAGGCAAUGUAUAAACCUGAAACUCAUUCGGGCUCAUUUGACCAACGCCAGGGUGUGGUUGACCACAAUCCAAACAUCAUAAAGCGUGUCAACCAGCCCAUGCCGUAUACUAACAUGCCUACCAACCAAGUCAACCACAUAAACCACGUGAAUCAGAUAAAUCAGGCAAAUCAGGCAAAUCAGGUUAAUCCUGCCAAUUACGGAAAUAGCCAGCCACACUACAUUCCUAAUGGCUACCCAGCUCCUUACGGCGGGAACAACAACUACCAGCAACUUUCAAUGAUGCUCACGGAACCCCAAAACCGCAAGCCUGUUCAGCAACUACCGGCUUUCAAUGGACCUCAAGGUGAGCUCGCGUCCCCCAUAAGACGCUCAUCUAGCACCGACUCCAACAUACCCAAACUUCCGCAAAUCGGAAACCCCUCAUUUUCGCUCCCACAUCCAAAUGGAGUCCCCGGAGGACAGAACUUUUCAUCUGGAAUGAACACAUACAAACCCAGUUCUCAGCCUGCCCCCAGAGGUGCUUCUGACAGCAGCGCUGCAGAGUCCAGUGGGAUUGCCUCCAAUAACUCGUCGCAUCAUCGUAACAGCAGCUUAUCCAACCAGAACAUUACUGCGCCAUCAACCUCGAACAACACAGAUUUGGGUUUAGGCUUCAACUCGCCGAAAAAGAUUGCUCCGCUCGAAGCUUUCACUCCUGAGCGUGGAUCAAAAGCCAGUGGAAAAAUGGGUAAUGGAAGUAACAUUAAUCAGUCGUCACCAGCAUUUUGGAACUUUGUCCAAUUCAGUACUCCAAAUGGCCAAACACCAGGUAGAAAAAAUAGUGAGGAAAGUGAUGGCCAAACUAGCCCUACGUUAAACCGGGGGAAGAAAGGAGUACAAUCCAACGGGUCCCCAUCAGAUUUGACAUCUAACUCACAGAAUAUGCCAAAUGACUCACCUACAGUGAAGCGUGAAGUUUAA